GUCAUUUGGAACACAUGCUAAGCUACUCUAUAAAAAAACAUGAUCAGUACACUUCAUGCAAUUAAAACAUAGAACAUCCUCUGUCCGAGAUUAAUGGCUGCCAAUUCAGAGUUCAGUCCGUCCAUUGAUGAAGAAAGGUGGGUGAGCCUAGGUACCAGAGCCUUACAAUCAGAACUCAUCUUAGAAAUCGAUGGCUUCUCUCCAACAAUUUUUCAAGUCCCAAAAUCCUUGAGCGAAACCAAGCCAGAAGCCUACACCCCUCUGCUACUCGGCAUGGGACCGUACCAUCAUCUCCGGCCCGACCUCCACGCCGCAAACCUCCAAAAGCUUGUCGCCGUCAACAAAUUUCUCGGGAAAAACCCAUCCAUGAACUUCUCCGAGCACAUCCUGAAAAAGAUGAGGGAUUUGGAGCUGCUGGUUCGGGCCAGCUACGACCAGUACUUGGAUCUGGAAUGCUCCACUCUAGACUACAUCCUCGCCCUUGAUUCUUUCUAUCUGCUCGCUUUUUUGGCCAUGUACGGGAAGGAAACUGAAACUGUCGAACCUGGUUGCCAAGAGCUGGCCAAGGAUAUCUUAAAGUUGGAGAAUCAAAUCCCGGAACGUGUGGUAGAAGAGAUGGGGAAAUACCUAGGUAUCUCAGUACUAACGCUGCAUUCAGAACUGUUUUACUACUUCUGCAAAGCUCACUCUCCCCUAAAACUUGAAAGGGGUCAGGUGGACCGCAACUAUAAAGGCAGUCACCUCCUCGCACAUAUGUAUAAUCGGGUCAUAAACCGGGGUAGAGCAAGGAGUCAGCCAUUAUCAGCAUUCAGAAUCACAGAGGUAGGGACAAAGGCAUUAAAAGCUUUAAGUGAAGUACUAGGAGCAGGGGCAUCCAAUUGGAUUAAUCCAAUGCUAUUAGCUUUGGAGGCAUUACAAGUUUUGGAGAUUAGCAGCAAGUUAGCUGAUGAAAUUACUAAGAUUAAACUAUCAAAACCACCAAAGAAGAGUCAUGAAAUUCCUUCAGCAUCGGAGCUGUCCAAGAAACACCUUGUGGAUUUCAAGCUGCUGGAAUGGGAAGGGAUUAGGGAUAUCAAAUUUGACAUCCAAUGCACAAAAAAGAUUUAUCUCCCAGAGAUCACUUUAAAAUAUGAUUCAGAGGUGGUUUUAAGAAACUUGGUGGCAUAUGAAUCUGCCAUUGCAACCCCAGAGUCAGCCUUUGAGCUUGAUGGAUAUAUUCAUCUGAUGAGCAACUUACUCCAGACACCUGAUGACGUGGUGAUGCUACGGGUGAAGGAUAUCAUCACGGGAGACCUAACAGACGGAGAAGUUCUUGAAAUCUUCAACGGGAUCGGAAAAAUCGUGGGGAACUCGAAGCCGAAGAAGGAGUGUGCAAGCAGGGAUGUGGUGAAAAAAGUGAAGCAGAUGGUGGAGGAAUGGGAGAAAAAGAGGAAGAGGUAUGUGUUGAAAAGGGUGUGGAAGUGUGUUGAGAAGAAGGUUGACAAUGGUGUGAAGUUGAUGAGGAAGCCUGUGGGAACUGGUAUGAAGUGUCUGGUGUAUCUGAUCAUGAUUAUGCUACUUGUGUUGGAGAUGUUGCAAGCAUAUCGCCAGAUUUAUGAACCCAACAAAGGCCGGGGUUCUUAAGCAAGGCCGUCUAUGAGUUUUACUAUGUCACGAGAGCGUUAGAUGCUAGCUUAGAUAUAUACGGAGUAUAUAUUUACUAGUAUCUCUACCUACUGUGUACGAGAUAAGAUGAUUUUGCUUUUUUAGUUAUACUAACGGAAAAUCACUUAUUUAGUCGAUUAUAACAUUGAUAUGUAAUGCAUAUUCUAUUGUAGGUAUAAACAGGCAGUAUGUUUGGAAUGUUUUAUUCCAAAGUUGAGAUGUACAGAAUAUAUUAAGAUGGCUAAAGGGUCAAAUAGGUACAUGAACUAACUUAAAGUGUUCAAUUAGCCCUUAUAUAGGAGGCUCUGCCCGGUCGUCAUCAAUUGGGGCGGUUCCCGGUGGAAUUGUUUGAUGAAAUUUGUUGAGCAUCUUCUUCAUUAAGUCUAGUUUACCAAUACCAAAUUUCAGCUAAAAAUUCAACCGGGAAGGCAGUCAAAUGAUUUUUUGAAGAUAACUGUGCAGUUAAACAGCGCGUUACAUUUCGAAAAAUCAUUUGACUGUCUUCCCGAUUUAAUUUUUAGCUGAAAUUUUAUAUGGGUAAACUAGACUUAAUGAAGAAGAUGCUCAAAAAAUUUCAUCAAAAAAUUCCACCGGGAACGGCCCCAAUUGGCGACGUCCGGGCAGAACCUCUUAUAUAAGGGACUAAUUGAAUAUUUUAUGUUAGUUUAUGUACCUAUUUGACCCUUUAGCCUAUUAAGAUUGACUGCCGUUUAAUUUGACGGAAAGGAAUCUUUUAAUACUCCCUCCGUUCUGAAAAGGUUCAUCAAAUUCACUUUUGAAAUAAUGGCAAAAACGUGAUUACCG